AGUUUUAGGGUUCCAUCUUCUCUUCAAAUUCGUUAUUAGAUGGUUUUGUUCAUCUUUUCUCAUUCUUUACAUAUAGGAGUUAGUGGGGAGAGACAUGAUGGAAGAUGGAGACACACAUUAAUAUUUUUCUAAGAAUUGGUUUCCCUUUUAAUUUUCGUUGCAUUUGCUUUCUUGGAUUAUCCUCCAUGGUCUUCAAUUGGUUCAUCAUUUUUUUCAUUUUGUUCCCAUCGGAGUUCCCGAGGGAGAGUCGUAAUGAAAGCCGGUGGAGGCAGAUGGCGGCGGAAGAAAGUGAAUCAAAAGAAAAGCAAAAGGCGGGAGCAGUUCUUAGAAGGCAGAGUAGGCAAGUGAUGGUUUGGCAGAGGAGAAAGAAGGCAAGGACAGUUUAUGCAGAUGGAGAAGGCAAACAAGAAGCCAGAAAAAAGGGAGAAGAUGUAACGAAACUAGCCUGGGUUUUGUGCUUCUCACUCUUUCUCUUAACCGACCGGUUAAAAAGGAAAGAGGAAGAGUCGAUUUGGAUGUGUCCCUCUUUUGCAACCUUGCUCUUUUGAAAUUGAACGGAGAAGAAGAAUGUCGCGGCUGGAAGUCAGUGCACGUCAGAAGCCUCAUCCUUGGAACAAAGGUCCAUCACCAUAACAAGAAGAAAAAUGGAAUAGAACAAACAAGAAACCAUAUCCUCCAAAUCAAUUUCUUUACCUUUUCUCCCAACCCCGCGUGUACCUAAACCACAUAGGACUCGGCUGUCCGAGUAUCUCGCGUCCACCGCGCUCAUUUCUCAGCCCAUGCCUUUCUUCUUCCUACCCAAUCCAAUAUUAGACAUGGACCAAAACACUAACACGAUCAUGAUUGAGGUGAGAGAGAGCUCAUCAAUAUAUAAUCUUCUUCUCCUACUCUAAGAAUAAUGACCACCGACAAUUGCCACACACGAAUCCCACUAUCUUCUCCAUUUUACCAUUUUUAUUCAUAAGCAAUAAAUUGACUUUCUUCUCCGGGAACGGGUGCAGUAGCAAUAAAUGCGAGAAUAUUUACUUCCAUAAUCUCAUCGUUUUGUUUUUCUUUAACUGAAGGUUGUAUGCCAGUCAUUUCAGAUUAACUAAACUCAACGAAGAUACAUAAGUACUCUUUACGAAGUAAACAAAAAAAAUCAGCAGUUCCAGUAAAUGAAGCAGAUAGAGCUAAAGUUGAUGUUUGGUGAGAUCAAUUAUGCUUUCUUCGACGGCUCGGUGGACAUUUAUGAACUAGGUAAGCCCCAACGCGACCUCUCUUAAGCUUUUGCUAACACCUUAAGAAGGCAGCACUUCCAGUUUUCGUCAUUGUAAUUCUUUACGUUGUCCUCUUACCAUAUUGUAAUUAUUUGAAGUAGUUGUUAACUUUGGAUUGCUCUGUUUAUUUACAGGUCAAUGAGGUUAUUAGGAAGCCUUCGUUCGACAAAGUCCAGCUUCUUAAUCAAUUAUUUGACAGCAAUGGUGGGUUGGAUGAUUGACUUCAUUCCAAACCUACCGAGCUUUGCAAUUUAUAACUCAAAUGCUUUCAAAUUAUUUGAGUUUCUAUGUUGGUAUUUUGGUUAUCCGUAUAGCUCUAAUGAUAUAAUUAGUUUUUUUAUAUAUUUACACCGUACAUCUAUAAGUAUAACUGUAUUUUUCAUUCACCGCGAAGCGCAAGCGAGCGGGUCCUUGCUAGUAUCACAUAAAUGAACUACCAAUGCAAUUGAUUCGGUUAAUGUGCUUCAACCAUUUGUACAAGGUAAAAAAUGCAGAAAUCACGAUGUAUGAAGGAAAAGGAAGAAUUCUGCGACCAACAGUCAUACUUUGCUUCUCAGUCAUGCAACGGCCACCAACAAUAUGAUGCAGCACCACACAAAAACUAUUGACCCAAACUUUGUGAAGCGAAGAGGAAAAAGGUUUGAUCAACUUACUCUCACCAAAGUGAUCAUUAUCACUGGAUUCGGUAGGAACCAUCAAGCAAGCAGACAAAGAAAGGGAAGAAUUGGGAGCUCCCUUCAGUCCAAAACCAGAGCAAGAGGGGUUUGUCUGAGAAACCCUGUGUUUUAGGCUGAAAGGAGCCCUCAUUUCUGCACAUUUCUUCUUCACAGAACAGCAGUAUAAGCAAGACAAGCAGUUGAUCACAAAACAAAUGAAAUAGGAAUGG